AUGGCAGCUAAAUCAAGAGCCAUCCCCAUCGUGUUCCUGGUCUUUUGUGUUGUCUUUGCAGCUGCAGUUGACAGCGACGAGGUGCCUGCGUCGUUCGAUGUGCUACUGCAGCUGCAGCCUGAGAAAGCUGCCAGUCUUGGCUACGACUGCUUCACUCUUUGCACAGCCGGAUGCUUUGCGGCGGGGUUCCCUGGAGAUUACUGUGAUGUUGUUUGCGAGCGUGAAUGUGCUGAUGAAGCCCAGAAGCACUGA